ACUAGUGCUAUAGCUGCCAAAGAGUUCCUCUCUGGCUUAUUGCGAUUCAUGGUUACAGUCUCAGAUCGACUUUAGUUAUUAAGCCAGUGACUAUGCUUUGAUGAACAUUUGUGGGAGCUCGAACAAGUGAUAUUAAUUUCAGAGAAGUAAAAAUUGUUCUUUUGGACGAGUGAAGUUUCAUCUGUAUAUUCAUCUGCUGAGCUCUUAACAGAUAUUUAGAGCUUUGUCUACAAAUUCUACAUGCUUGAAGAGAAUGUGGAUCAAGGUAUGCAUCAUUUAGUUUGAACUGUUACUCUUAAUGUUCAUAGAUUGAAGUGAACGUGUAGGUAGACAUGCGGUGACCAACUUAGCGCGCAACCUGCUCGACGAUUUGCCUGACUGAAAAAGAAAGUAAAAAAAACAACACUCUCCACCAAAAAAAAAACUGGAGAGAGAUGUGGAGGCAUGUGGCUUUACUUUCUCCACUGGUUUCGUCCUCGAAGCCCUCUAUUCUUAACCAGGGAGUAUUUACAUUCAAGUUUUGGGAAACUUUUGCCACAGAGGCAAAACCAUUCAUAACUUUUGUCUUAGGUGGCCCAAGUAGUGGAAAAGGUACACAAUGCAAAAAGAUCAUCGACACCUAUGGGUUCAAACAUUUGAGUGCAGGAGAUCUGCUUAGAAGGGAAAUUGCUUCCAAAAGUGAAUAUGGCUCCAUGAUUCUAAAUACUAUCAGAGAAGGAAAAAUUGUUCCCUCACAAGUGACAGUCAAACUGAUUCAGAGGGAGAUGAAAUCAAGUGACAAUAAGAGAUUUCUUAUAGACGGUUUCCCUCAAAGUGAAGAGAAUCGCGUAGCUUUUGAAAAAAUUACUGGAGCAGAACCAAACUUGGUGCUUUUCUUUGACUGUCCUGAAGAAGAGAUGGUGAAGCGAGUGCUAAAUCGUAAUCAGAUCAAUGCAGUAGGAAACGUAGUUGAAAUAUUUGAACAAGUUCGCCCGAUUUUUGCUUCGGGUGAGGUAACAAACUGAACCAUGUUUUACAUGAAUUAAGAACAGCAAGGCAUAAGAGAUUUUGUUUCAGUUGGCUCCAGCCUCUGUUCUUUAGACAUUUGGUUGGAGGAAAGGUUUCAGCAAACUACUAGCACUCCCAAGAAAAUCCCCCCUGAGAGUAUGGCUACUUUGCAAAAGCACAUACAUCUUAGGCAGGGUACUACUAUCCUUCACCACUGGAUGCUGCAUAGAAAGAUAUAUGUACUGUAUUUUAUUGCUUGCAUGGCUUAUUCAGAAUUCUGAAAAGAAAACCUAUGCCGCAUUUUCAGUUCAAAUGCAAACAAAACAAAAAGGUUACAUUCUUAA